AUGGCCCCCACAUCCUCGACCGCGCACCCUGGCGCGGGUCGUGUCGUCAACAAGAAGCCACGAGUAGCUCAAGCUGGUGAGUUGUCUCGCGGAGGUUGUCUGUCGUCGCUCGUCGCUCGUCGCCGUGAUGAAUCAACUCGCGGCCAUCGCAUGCUCGCACGGGCGCGCGCGGCGCGUACGAGUUCAAUGACCCAAUGUCGUGUGAUGCAGCUUGCUGACUCGCACGAGCGGCUGUCUGAACAGUAACGACGGAAUCAUGGGACGACGACUUUCUGUUCCAAGGAUCGUCCUCGUCCAGGUCUACCUCGCCUACGACGACCAAGCCCUUGCCACGCACACGCCCCUCUCCGGGUACUGCUGCAGCUGCUGGCACCGCGACAACGGCCAUGAUCACCACCCCAAAAUCGGGCGUUCCUCAUCGUCCACCCCCAAGGUCAUCCAACUGCACUUCAUCAGGGCCUUCCUCGAGGAACGUGUCGUCAUCUUCCUCGCAAUCCAACCGAUCUUGGGGGCUCUCGACCCCCUCGACCCCUGCGACCUCGGCGCGAACGUCGAGCCAGUCCUCGGCCAAGGAAAGUCCACCCCUCUCGCUCUCCGAAACGAAUGGUCCUUAUCUUCGAGCAGCAAACAACGCCUCGAACGACUCCCUAGGCUCGAGUUGGUCCAUCGACCCGGAUCCGACCCUGACUUUGGCCAAUUCUCGCUCGUCCCCGCCACCGCCGAUGCCGAGCUCAAGCAAACCCAGUCCACCGCCGCCAGUGCCUGCUAUUCCCGCUCACCACAUGACGACACCUCGGCGGCCAACACGUCAGGGGCAGACAGGGCAGCUCAACCCAAGCUUUGUCGCUCAAGGCAUCGUCGAGCGUUCCGAUACACCUUCAUGGGGUCGGAGUGGCAUCUCGACCGCCGAAGACUACACUGAAAUUGAGACCGAAGAGGAGUGCGCACCGAGGCAGCCAAGGCGCGGCGGCACUCGGGUCCGGAAUUGGAGUCGAAACUCGUCCGCAACGACGUUGGAUGAAAUGAUCGGGUUCCACGAUGUCGCAAACAAGGUGGGCGCGAACGAUAUGCCACCUCUUUUGGUGUCGCAACAUCGAUCGUCGAGCACAAAGUGGAAACGGCUUAGUGGUAUCUUCGGAUCGGGGUCGACGGCAAAGAAAGCAGGAGAGCUUCAGAAGUCGGCAUCGAGGAACGACUUGUCCGACGCCGCGACAUCGUCACAAGUCACUGCGGGCCCAUCCUCGAAUUUUGAUUCCUCGACCGGUCUACCGAGACCUCACAAUGCCGAAUUCGUAGUGCUCGGCCGAAAAAGUCGAAUGAGCGUCGAUUCAGCCAUGAGCACGGACGACGAGGAUCGAAGAACGUUCAACGCCGUGGCCCGGCAACCUCACUCCUCCCACGACUCGGGCUCGACCGUCGAUUCCGCCGGUGGCGCCGAAUGGUGGACAUCAAGUCGGCCAGCCAACACAAGUCGACGAAGCUUGACCUUUGCUCCACCGCCACCCAUGCAUUCCAGACGUUCGCUCGAUCUUUACCGUGAGAUAGACGAGGACGGAGUCACCUCGAUGGAUGAGGCCGCCGACGCCACGGAGGCUGAAACGUCGGCCGACGAUCGUGGAACGGGGAAAAGAAUGGCAUAUGCUCCGGCGCAGGCGAGACUCUCUGUGGCUUCUUCCACGACGGUUUACACGAACAUUCAGGCGGCAAGUAGCAAUCCUGGGUUCGCUUCCUCGGCCAAAGCGUUUGGGCUGCCUCCGAUGGCCUCGCAGAAAUUGGCACCCGAAAUAUCACCACGAUCGACCGAAUGGGACCAUAUGGACCGUAUCGGGGCCGACUUGUCCAAGAAGAAGCGCAAGCUGGUCAGGAAGCGUGCGUCGGACGUUCGUCAAACGGCCGGUUCUAGCUCCACCGUGCAACUUGACUCUGCAGACAUCAAUGGAUCCUCGAUCUCCGCUCACGCUUCGAUGGCUAGCUUGACCGACCGUAGCGGCUUGUCGAACAGAGAAAUACCCGCAUGUUCUCCUCGGCCCGAUCCGGACUCGAGUUCAAUCCCCUCGAUGAUGCCUCCGCCUCGUCAAUCCUCGAAGCCCCAAACGGGCCGUGUCGACGACAUCUCCGCUAGCCCUUCUGUGACAAAGGUGUCCAAAAGUAGACGAAGAAGUCUCACAGCGCCGGUUUUGGCGGUCACUGUGGAGAAAGGGGCGGUGGUUGACAUCCCGGAUGAUCCCGGGUGGCUGGCAGUCGAACCCUUUCCCCUAUCCCCGAGCAGAGGACCCGCAAUCGUCGAACCUCUCCCCCGACCUGCAUCUCGUGGGUUGUCGCCGAGUCUGCUGCGCCGCAGAUCGUCUAGCAAACCAACCCAUCCACCGGUCGCGCACAAGAAGCUGGGGGAGAAACGUUCCUCGUCGCUCGUCAAUUUGCUCACCAGAUCGGCCUCUUCCCUUCCACUCGUCGGCAAACGAGCGCCGAGCCCUUCUCCCUCCAUCGGUUCAUCAAAGUCCUCCUCGAUCCUCUCUCGCAAGGGCCGGGACAAGAUCAGUCGUUCGCUCUCCAGCAGUGUCCUCGGAUCGAUCUCGACGUUGCCUCCUAGCCCUUCCCCAGCUUCGAGCUCGCGGCCCUUUCUUUCGCACUCACAAAGUAUCGGCAAGCAGGUGCCCCCGCCUGCGGCGAAGCGAGACUCGUUCGUCACUCGCGCUCGAGCGCUAUCGAAGGGGCACAAGACAUCGCGACCGAUAACCCCUGCGCCGGCCGAGAUUGAGACGCCGGUGCAGCACAUGGACCGCUCGGGGUCAGUCGGCAGAUCGGGCGCCGCUCCUCCUUCACGACCCCGCUUGGCUGAAGGCUGGAGCUUCUCGCGUCCACUCAGUGGCGUCUCGGAUAGGUCGGAAACGGGCUCGACUACGCUUGGGGGUUCGGCGCUUCCUCCAAUCAUCACGAAUCGCAAAGUGGAUCGAGUUGUUUCUGCGACACGCGAGGGUAGUCGCCCGCCCAGUCCCUUCGUCAAAGGUCAUCGACCUUCACUUUCGCUUUCGGCAGUCAUGCCAGGUCGUCCUUCGUCGUGGGCCCCGCCUUCGUCGCCGUUGCCUCCUGCCGUACCCAAGGAAUCCGUUCCGGCUAGAUCGGCUCUGGGUUUUGAUCGGACUCCCAAAGCUCAACCACCACACGCACCGAUGGGAAGUGGACGUCCACCAUCACGCUUCUGGGAUGAUGAUUUCGCUUCCAUCACUUCAUCGUCGAUUCAAACUACGAGGAGAAACAGUCUCGGCGACCUCAAGAUCCCACAGAGAAUCUCGAUGGCACAGGCUAGGAUCGAAGAGGAUCUCGAAAGGGUCAAGCAAUUCGCUCAGGGAAUCGAACGUACGUUCGCCGGUGCGGGCGUAAAGUGUCUCCUAUCGUGAAUCACGCUAAUCCCAAAUGACUCUGAGUAUGGCAGAGCUCAAGCUUGUUCGAGCGCAGUACCAGCAACUACUACGCACGGUCGCGCAUUCUGCGAGAUCGUUUGACAUCAAACCAAGUCAAUUGGAAUCUUCGUCGCGUACGACACUCCGUCCCGCAUCACAAGCGAUUCGACGGCUUGAAAUCGACUACGGGGCGUGGUGGGAGCAAGCGGAUGCUCUCGUCGAUCUAGGAGAUGGAACGCCGCGAGCCGUGGAGCCUCGACAAACGCCUGGAUCGAUCGCAAGUCGUCGUGAUCGCUGCGUCUCGCUCGCCCCGAGUCCUCCGCACAAGGGACGGUGGAACGAUUCAGCAGCCUCGUCGGACGAGAACGAAUCGGCAUGGGGAGCAGACUCGGCGGACGCAACUAUGACACAGCGAAUUGGUCGACGGCCCAGCUGUUCCUCGAUCGAAACUAGCGUAUUCAGGAAUGGUGUGGCUCGUCGUCAACACGAGAUGUUGCGUGGCGUGCUCGUUCCGGGACCCAAAGGCGCUUCUUUGCCCUCACGCGGACCUCCUUCACCCCGCCCUACCCUGGCGGCUCUGCACAGCAACUCAGCCGGGUUGAAAGGCACUCUACCUUCCUCUCGCUUUACGGGGAUUGAUGGUCGUCCUGCUGUGCAACUUCCCCCGACGCCCUCCAAGAAGUCACUCCGCAGAGUAUCGCGAGCUGGCGUUUCAGGGAUCAAGGAGUUCCUACUUCGACUACGCAACAAAUUCGUGGUCGAAGAUUUGGCCUUCCCAGCUUCAGCGCAGUUUUAUCAGGAGCCCGUGGACUCUUUGCCGUCGAACGGGCGAAGAUCCAUCUCCAAUCCGAUUGAUCCGACGUUGGCCAACAGUCCACGCGAUCGAUCGUCGAUGCUGCGAGUCGACUCGGAGGAGGAAGAAGACUGGGACCAAGCCUCGCUCGCGCCUUCCCCAGCUCGGCAAGCGCCCACUUCGUCGGUCUCGGGCGGUGAUUACAGAGGGGUGGUGAGCAGUCCAGGUCUGGAGAGAAUGAUCCUGACGACCGAAGCGAUGCCUGGAUUGGUACUCAAGGUCGCGGAAGUGAGGGAACGGUGCGAGGAGUGUGUCGAAAGGUUGCAGAGACUGUCCACAGCAGUUGUAGUCUAG